CCCGCAACGACAGCACCGCCCGCAGCGCCGCCCGCCCGCCCGCCAGCGCCGACAUGGAGGCCGUCAACGCCUUCAACCAGGAGCUCUUUUCACUGAUGGAGAUGAAACCUCCUAUUUCCCGAGCAAAGAUGAUUCUCAUCACAAAAGCUGCCAUUAAAGCUAUUAAGCUCUACAAGCAUGUUGUCCAGAUUGUGGAGAAGUUUAUCAAAAAGUGCAAACCAGAGUACAAAGUCCCUGGGCUGUACGUGAUUGACUCCAUUGUUCGUCAGUCCCGGCACCAGUUUGGAACAGACAAAGAUGUUUUUGGGCCAAGAUUCUCUAAAAAUAUUACUGCCACAUUCCAGUAUUUGUAUCUGUGUCCAUCUGAAGACAAGAGUAAAAUAGUCCGUGUCCUGAACCUUUGGCAGAAAAAUGGAGUAUUUAAAAUUGAAAUAAUUCAGCCUCUUCUGGAUAUGGCAGCAGGAACUAGUGCCACUGCCCCAAUGGCAGAGAAUGCUACUAACAAUGAAGGUUCGCCGCCCCCUCCGGCAAAGGUCCCCUCAGAGCCCCCUCAGGUGACUGCGAACUCAGUGCCCACCGUGCCACAGCUGCCCAGCUCCGAUGCCUUCGCAGCUGUAGCUCAGCUGUUCCAGACAACACAAGGACAACAGCUUCAGCAAAUCCUGCAGACUUUCCAGCAGCCUCAGAAGCCCCAGUCACCGGUCAUAGACAACACUGUGAUGGCUCAGGUUCAAGCUAUUACUGCUCAGCUGAAAACCACAGCAGCUCAGGCACCAGAGCAAAAAGCUGCUUUCCCAGCACCUGAGCAGAAAACAUCGUUUGACAAAAAACUUCUAGAUCGGUUUGACUAUGAUGAUGAACCAGAAGCAGCGGAAGAUGCAAAGAAAGAAGAUUCAGCUCCUUCCCCUUCAGUGUCUCAGCCGGCUUUGACCCCUCUCUCAUUCAGUGCACAGGCUGGAUGGUGCUCAAUGCCGGGUGGGUUUCCAGCAGAAGGCAUGCAACAGCCAGUAUUUCCUCAGCUCCCAAAUAUGGAUCCUUUCCAGCAGCGGAUGAUGGGAAUACAGCAGGAUCCAAUGCGUCACCAGGUCCCACUUCCUCCUAAUGGGCAAAUGCCAGGUUUUGGUCUCCUGCCUACCCCCCAGUUCCCACCCAUGGCUCAGCCUGUGAUUCCACCAGCAGCACCUGUGCAGCCAACUUUCCAGUCUCCUUUUCCAGUCCAGACUGAGUCACACAUGCAGAAACCCCAUCAGCAGGAUAUGGAAGUGGAGCAGCCACCUGUUCAGGAGGGCAAACGGCACGUUUCUGACAGCAGGAAGUCGAGAUCUAGAUCUGCAUCAAGGUCCCCCAAGAGGAAACGCUCCAGGUCUGGCUCCCGGUCCCGGCGCUCCCGUCACCGGCGCUCCCGGUCGCGCUCCCGGGACCGGCGCCGACACUCCCCAAAGUCACGCUCCCAGGAAAGGCGGGAACGGGAGCGGGAGAGGGAGCGCAGGUCCAAGGGCCUCCCCCAGAUCAAGUCAGAAACUGUCAGUGUUUGUAGUACCACACUUUGGGUAGGACAGCUUGACAAGAGGACAACUCAGCAGGAUGUUGGAAGUCUUUUGGAAGAGUUUGGCCCCAUUGAGUCGAUCAAUAUGAUCCCCCCCAGAGGAUGUGCCUACAUUGUCAUGGUGCACAGACAAGAUGCCAACAGAGCCCUCCAGAAACUGAGCCGAGGGAACUUCAAAGUCAACCAGAAAUCCAUCAAGAUUGCAUGGGCUCUGAAUAAAGGAAUAAAGCCAGACUACAAGCAGUACUGGGAUGUGGAGUUAGGUGUGACUUACAUACCGUGGGACAAAGUCAAACCUGAAGAUCUUGAAAGCUUCUGUGAAGGGGGAAUGCUGGACAAUGAAACUCUUAGUCCAGAGUGGAAGGGAAUCCCCAAGAAGUCUGAAAAUGAAGUAGCUCAGAACGGAGGCGCAGAAGCUGCACACAAUGAACCAGUGUCACCUAUACCCAAAGCUUUACCUGUCCCCAUCCCUGUCCCCAUGCCUGCACCAAUAACAGUACCUCCUCCACAGGUUCCACCACAUCCCUCGGGGCCUCCUGUGGUUGGUGCACUCCAACCACCUGCUUUCACAGCCCCUUUAGGAAUCCCCCCUCCUGGAUUUGCUCCCGGGGUGCCGCCCCCGCCGCCGCCCCCGUUCUUACGGCCUGGAUUCAACCCUCUGCAUUUACCCCCAGGCUUCCUUCCUCCUGGGCCGCCACCACCUAUAACCCCUCCGGUGUCUGUCCCGCACACUCCGGCAGUGAACAUCCCAAACUCUACAGCAACGGGUGGGAGUGAGGACACUACAAAGGAGUCGUCUGUAGGAAAUCCCAUCCCAGUAGUUUCUGGAGGCAGAGGGAAUGCUGAAACCACCGAUAGUUCCAAAAUCUAUGGGACUGUUCCACCUCCUGUAGCACCUACUAAUGUCCCUGCUCCUGUCACCCAGGCCGUCCCACUCCUUGGCACCCAGGGCGUGGCACCGCCCCCUCCAGCCCCCGUGGUCGGGCUCCAGACUCCAUCCACCGGGCUCCUGGGUGCCCGGCCCGGGCUGAUCCCGCUCCAGCGGCCGCCGGGAAUGCCGCCCCCGCCGCUGCCACGCUUCCCGCUGAUGCCACCGCGCCACAUGCCCCCCCACAUGAUGCACAGGGGGCCCCCGCCGGGGCCGGGGGGCUUUGGGAUGCCUCCCCCCCACGGAAUGAAAACCCCCUUCCCCCCGCCGGGGCACUUUGUGAGGCCCGGGGGGGUCCCGGGCAGCGGGGGCCCGGGCGGACCCGAGGAGAACAGGGACGGGCGCCAGUUCAGGAAUGACAGGCAGACGUUCACCCCCAACAGAGACCAGGAGAGGUUCGGAAGGAGGUCGUUUGGGAACCGGGUAGAUAACGAGCGUGAGCGCUACGGGAACCGCGGGGACGACCGGGAGCACGAGCGCCUCGGGAACCGCGAGCGGCGCGACUGGGGCCGGCGCAGCCCCGAGCGCGACAGGCACAGGGACUCGGAGGACAGGAACAGGCGCUCCAGCGGCCACCGAGACAGGGAGAGGGAUUCCAGAGACCGGGAGUCGCGCAGAGACAAGGAAGAAGGCCGCAGCAAGGAAAAGCCGGAGGUGACAGACAGGGCAGAGGGCGACAAAAACCACGAGUCCCACGGCGGCAAAGCGGCCGACGCAGACAUUGUUUCAGAACUCGCGGCGGGAGAGUCCGAACCUGCGGGUGCGAAACCUGCGGAGGAGUCGGCACCCGAGGCUACCUCAUCCCUGGAACAGGCGGACAAGGACACGGGCUCCGUGGCGGAGGCUCCGCGCUGAGCCCGGGCCCUGCCGAGCCUGGGUCGGAGUGUCGAGCUUUAGUUGUACAGUGCUGUAAAUCCGCUGCCGCCCCCGGCCCUGCCCAGCGCAGGGGCCCCGCCAGCAAUUUGAUUGCUUCCCCUCCUAUUUAAAAAUAGCCACAGCAUAACAUAAAUACUGAAGAGAUGAUUAAAUAUUACCCGUUUUUGCUGUAACUUUUUUAAAGUUUUGACUUUAAAAAGUUUACGAAUCAGAAGUAGAAGUGCUUUCUAUUUUGUUUUUAAUUUAAGAAAAAAGUAACGGUGAAAGCUCCUCAAAAACAAUAGGGAUGUGUUUUUAAUAAACUCUAUUUUCGUAACAAA